AUGUUUCUCCUGAACUCUUCCGACCCAAUUGCUUUUUUCCUGGGAUUGGGGGUUCAGAUUAUUUUCUCUGGCCAGAGAAUAUCCAGCUCGAUGCACCUGAAACCGGAUGUUAUUGCGCACGCGUUGCACGGGAUCGUCGCAAAUAAUAUUCGAUCCGACGAGCAGAUAAACCUUUUCGUGACGGCUUGUACAGCAAAGGAAGGUUUAUAUCUUGAUAUACCGGAAACUGAGGAAACCGAGGAAAUCGAAGCAAUAACAACUCUGCGGCGAUUCUUUGACGAGAUCAUCGCGAUCAAUACCCUUCCACUACAACCCAGCAACGAGCUUCGCGAGUAUGCAAGGCUGAGGUUCCGAAUGUUUAAUCACCGCUCAUCCAUGCGUCUUGUGUUCCCAGCACCAAUCAACAUUUUGCUUGUCCUUCACGAUAUCGAGGCCUUGGUUGUCGAAGCAUCAAUGCCCGAAAGCCUAAGUAAAGAUGAUACUGUUCGCAAGCUUUCAGAAAAAAUUGCUUCGACUGCUGGUUUCUUACGAUUACUUACGAGAGAUCUAUGGGUUGAGUCGCCGGAAGCCCUCAAGUGUGUUACUGGAAAAUUCAAUCUGUACGGACAGAUGGUGAUGGUAAGCCAGGGCCUAGAGAUGGCGAUUAAUAUUGGGCAACUUUCUGCAUUUGAUGGUUCUUUAUCUGUUUUUCGUGAAUCGUUGAAGCAGCAGAUAGAAGAUAUGAGGGUUUUUUGCGACUGAUGGUAGGGAAGCACCAUAACUGUGUGGAUGUACAGCAGUAUUUGAUAGCGUAACAUAAUUACAGUUUUAAAAUCAUUGCAUGUCAGAAAGAUAAAUUUGCACUAUAUUCACUGGGUCCAAAAACUUUAGUGCUC